GUACGCUGCCUCUCGUUCGUCUUCUUAGGCGCCCCUUCCCCCAGCUUCAUCCCUAUUCCUACCUAUUCUGCAAGCGGAAUAAUGUCCCUGUCAUUGGGGGUGUUUUAACCCGGUCACUACGUUGCGAAGUUGUGAAGGGUUUUUUCGGUUGCCAUGGAUUUCUAAAAGCUAUUGACCGCGAUUGGGUCUCUGUGAGCGUCUUUGUAGGGGAAAAGCUAUUAUUUUUUUGAAAAGGGAAAGCGAUAGCAUCUUGAGGGAACAGUCUCGUGUCAUUCCUGUUCCCCUGACCAAUUGCUCGCGUGUAGUUCCUCAGUAGUGGAGUUGAGGACCGGCUUCAAACGUAACCUGCCAGAGCAACUGAAGAAACUCUGCGGAUAGGUCCUGGGCGUCGUGCAUGGCACAGAGUGAGAUGAACUGAGGCUUUGGCGGAGAGCUACGUUCCACUUGCUCCUUCCCUGUACUCCGAGACAGCACCGCGUGGGCCUGUGUGUUUGUGUGUGUAAGUGUGUGUAUGUGUGUGUGUGUCUGUGGAAGCAUGAGGCGGUUGGGCAGGCCGGGCGUGGCCCUCUUCCUGGGCGUGGUCCUCUGUCUCAGUGGGACACCUGGCUCCGGUACUCUGGAUAUCCCACUGGAGGUUUUAAGUCGCAUGAACAUUGAACAGCUGCCCACCAUCACAGCUCAGUCCCCGAGCACCAUGAUCGCCUUCCCCUUCGAUGAGAGUUACUCCAUGAAGUGCGAAGCCAAAGGCAACCCAGAGCCUGUGUUCGAAUGGAAGAAAAACGGGCAGGUGUUCGAUCCCUUCCAAGACCCCCGACUGCUCGCCGAGGAUGGUUCGGGGACUUUUGUCAUCCCCAACAGCGGGAAUCUCACCGAGUUCCAGGGCAACUACCGUUGCUACGCUUCAAACAAAAUGGGCACGGCGAUAUCUGAGGAGAUCGAGUUUGUUGUGCCCCAUGUGCCGAAGUUCCCAAAAGAGAAAAUCGAUCCCAUCGUGGUGGAGGAGGGUCAGCCGGUCAUUUUGAAAUGCGACCCUCCCAAAGGGAUCCCCCCUUUGCAAAUCUACUGGAUGACAAUGGGUCUCCAGCACAUUGAACAGGAUGAGAGGGUCACUAUGGGCCUGAAUGGAGACCUGUACUUCGCCAACGCCCAGCAGAAGGACAGCCGUAGGGACUACUGUUGCUUCGCCUCCUUCACCAGGAUCAGGACCAUCGUGCAGAAAACCGCCAUGUCCCUGGUGGUGAAAAGCACUGGGUUAGUGGGGGACUCAGCGUCAGAUAGCAGUCGUGCCAAUUUCAUUCUGAAGAGUAAACCCAGUCUUCUGGCGCCCUCUGGUGACCGAACAUACACAUAUCUAGUCAAGGGAGAGGAACUGUUGCUAGAGUGCAUUGCUGCAGGAUUCCCUACCCCAAAGGUGGAGUGGUUCAAAGUGGGCCAUGGGCUUCCUGACCGGGCCAUUGUGGAGAAUCACGGGAAGGUUCUGAGGAUCCCCCAGGUGCAGCAGGAGGACGAGGGCCAGUACAAGUGCAAGGCCAAGAACUCCCACGGCGAAGUCGCACAUUCCUUCCAUGCCAUCGUGGAGGAGCCCCCUCAGUGGGUGGCCAAGCCUGAGAGUCAGCUGAACAUGAUCGGCUCCACUGUGGUCAUCAAGUGCUCCGCCACCGGCAACCCCAGGCCCACGGUGUCCUGGAGGGUCAACGGCCUUCCGCUGAAAGACGUGCCGGCCGUCAACAGGAAGGUGUUUGAUGACAAGAUCAUCCUACAGAGAGCCAGUUCCAGCGACAGCGCCGUCUAUCAGUGCGAAGCCUCCAACAAGCAUGGAGUCAUCCUGACCAACGCCAACAUCAUGAUCAUGAACCUGCCACCAGUGAUUGUGACGGAGGACGGCCUGCAGUACCUGGCGGUGCAGGGGAAGAGUGUGGUCCUCCACUGCAAGACCUUCGCCUCGCCACCCCCCAGCAUCACCUGGAGCAAAGAAGACAGUGCAGACUUUUUGCAAGGGCCAAGGUUUCACCUUCAUGACAACGGUUCUCUGGAAAUCUCCAUGGUACAGGAAGAGGAAAUGGGAGAGUAUUCAUGCAUCGCCAAAAAUGUGGAGGGCACAAAUGCCAUCACCGCUGUCCUGGAUAUAAAAGAUCCCACUAGAAUACAGGACCCACCUCUGGAUCUGCGCAUCCUGAUUGGGACCACAGCCCAGUUUGCAUGUCAGGCAGAGUUCGACCCCUCCUUCAACCACGUCAUGGAGAUCUUCUGGCUGAAAGACGGCAUGCUGAUAGCAUUCAACGACACUGAGGAUAUGGGCUAUUUGGUGGAUGACGGGGUCCUCCAGAUUGCCAACGUAAGCCACUCUGACCAGGGAAGAUACUCAUGUGUGGUCCGAAGCCCAGUGGACCAAGAUAUUGCGUCUGCACAUCUGAUCGUUCUGGAUGUCCCCGAUGCACCGGAGGACCUGAUGUUGUCCGAACGCAGCGAAAAGAGUGUGAAGCUCAAAUGGAUCCCGGGGGACGACCACAACAGCUCCACCACCGAGUUCGUUAUCGAGUUCGAGGAGAUCCAGCGCGAGCCGGGCAUCUGGCGCCCGGCGCAGCGGGUCCCCGGCAGCCACACGUCGGCCGUGCUGAAGCUUCAAGGCCACGCCGACUACCGCUUCCGCGUGUCCGGGGUCAACGACGUGGGCACGGGGCGGCCCAGCGAACCGUCAGAGAACUACAAGACCCCCGCGCGAGCUCCUGACAAGAACCCCGAAAAUAUCAAAAUCGAAGGUCAUUUGCCACAUGAAAUGGAUAUUCAGUGGGAGCCUCUGGAGCCGAUCGAGCACAACGGCCCGGGCCUGAAGUACAAGGUGAGCUACCGGCGGCAGGGCGUGGACACCACCUGGGAGGAGCACGUGGUGAAGCGCCACUCCUUCGUGGUAAAGGACACCCCCACAUUCGUGGCGUACGAGAUCAAGAUUCAGGCCCUCAACCUCAAGGGCUCAGCCCCCGAGCCCCGCACCAUCGUGGGCUACUCGGGAGAGGACUUUCCGUCUGCUGCCCCCGACAACGUGGCGGUGGAUGUGGUGAACAACACUCUUGUGAAGGUCAGCUGGGACCUUGUCCACAAGGACAAGCUGCAUGGACAUCUAGGUGGCUACAGGGUCAACUGGUGGAGGCUUCGUAGUCUGCUGGACGCAAAGAAAAGCCACGGGGAGAAGCACACCCUGACAUUUCCCGGGGACAGGACCCACGCCAUGGUUCCAGCACUAAGGCCCUUCUCUGAAUACAGCCUGAUUGUGAUGGUGUUCAAUGGGAGAGGAAAUGGACCUGGCAGCCACCCGGUCACCUUCAGAACCCCAGAGGGAGUUCCAGAGCAGAUAUCUUUGUUCCAGACUACUGAUGUCAGGAAGCACUCGGUGUCUCUGUCCUGGUCUCCGCCUACAGAGCCCAAUGGGGUUCUCACAGGCUACCUGCUCCAGUACCAGCUGAUUAACGACACGGAGGAGGUUGGGCCGCUGGUCUGGGUCAACAUCAGCAACCCGGACGCAGGCAAGUGGCUGCUGCAGGACCUGGAGCCCCUGAGCAAGUACAAGUUCUACCUGCGGGCAUGCACCCGCCGGGGCUGUGGCCCCGCCGCCACCGAGGAGGGCACCACCACCCCCGAGGCCCCUUCCACAGGCUCGCCAACUCGCCCCUUCAGACAGUCAAGCACGCGCUCCCCUCCAACCACCACUGUGUCCCACAAAGCCAAUGCUACUCUUUCUUCCUUAGUGCCUGCCUUAUUGAAUGUUAGCUCCUCAGUUAGCGUCAACUUUGCAAAUAUCAGCUGGAUCCCGGGUGGCGAGCGCAAGGAUUCAGAAUUAUAUGUUGCAUAUAUGAACAACCGUCAUGGUAACUGGAAGAUAUCAGAGCCAUUAAACUCCUCAAAGACAUUCCACAUCAUUGAAGGGCUUGAACCUGGGACUGAGUACACUGUGCGACUAAUCACUAAGAACUGGGUUGAUAAUUCUAGUAUAUUUGAAGAUGUUAUCAAGACCAGGGCCAAAGGUCUGGCCAGUAUCCACGGCGGGAUCUCCACGCAGGGCUGGUUCAUCGGGCUCAUGUGUGCUGUGGCCCUCCUCACCCUCAUCGUGCUCAUCGCCUGCUUCGUCAACAGGAACAAAGGAGGCAAAUACUCAGUAAAAGAGAAAGAAGACCUCCAUCCUGAUGUGGAGUCUCAAGGGAUGAAUGAUGACACAUUUUGUGAAUACAGCGACAAUGACGAGAAGCCGCUGAAGGGAAGCUUACACUCAACCAGCGGGGACAUCAAACCGGCGGACAGCGGCGACAGCCUGGUGGACUACGGCGAUGAGGAGGCCCAGUUCAACGAAGACGGCUCAUUCAUCGGCGAGUACACGGGCCGCAAGGAGAAGCCAUCCACAGAGAACAAAGGAAACAGUCAAAGUACGGCGUGAGGUGUGUGUGAGUGUGUGUCUGUGUGUGUGUGUGUGUGUGUGUGUGUGUGUGUGUGUGUGUGUGUGUGUUUGUGUGUGCGUGUGUGUGUGUGGUAAAGGAACAACGCUGUUCAUGUUUAGGACCAGGGUUUCAUUCAAACAUUGUUUAUUUUGUUUGUUUGUUUGUUUUUUGGACAGGGAAAAGGUGGAAAAAUAAAUGACAUAAUCUAUUGGAAGCACAAUUUCAUGUGAAUAUUAAUGUAUUAUUGUUAGCCACACUGUCAUGCCCAUUUUACAAGGCUUAGUUUUAUUGCAUAUUGUUACUGAUCUGCCAUUUCCAAAUGUAUAUAUAUUCUAUAUAUAUGUGUAUGUGUGGGUGUUUUAUAUCACUGCAAAUCAGUCGAGACUUCUCAGAGCUGCUGGCACUUGCUUUUUUUUGUAAAUGCAGCUACUGUUUGUAAUCCUCCCUGGUGUCUGAAAGCCUUCUCAUGUCUGUGUUUUUUUCAUCUUGUAGCAAGCAAGUGUAUGUGGAAAAUAUGAACAUGUUAUUUUUCAGUUGAAGCAAAUAUUAUUGACAUUUUAUAUUUCAGAUGCAUUCAUUAAAUGUGAUUUAAUA